AUGUAUGUGAACGGUGAGAUUGUAAAGAGAAAAGAUGCUGUUCAUAUAAACGAUGUUCGAGAUUUGAUAUUGCACAUAGUCGCAGAUGCACCUCCGCCUAACUGGGUCAAGGUCGAGCAUCCCCGAUCGAUCGAAAAAGUCGUAGCGCUCCUCAUACCUGGAAUUCUUCCUUCGACUUUGGCUCUUCCUCCUCUGCCGACCUCAGCCACCGCCAACCCAAAUGUUCCACUCUCAAUCCCUCUCCCUGCAGAAUCGCACACUCCCAUUCCAUUCAUCGCAUCUACUUACAGCCAUGCAUGCCCAACUCGUGCUCCGGGCGAUCAAACUCGGAUGUAUUCCGUUCUUAGCGAGUUCUUCCAAUGCCAGGUCACACCACAAGAGAAAGCCAAGAGACAAGCACAACGGGCUAGUAUGUCACAACGUGCCUUCGAUAGUACGCCGGCAUUGUACAUGCUUACGUUGAAAGAGAUGAUAGAGAACGAAUAUCCGGUUCCUUCGUACAUGGCUGAUGUAUUCGAAAAGGGUCCCGGUUGGAUCGAGACUCCAGAAGUAUCGGAAGAAUCACUGUUGUUACUCCCAGCAGAUAAGCUGGAAUCAAAAAUAUAUGCUAUCGACUGUGAAAUGUGCUUGACAGAGGACGGCAAAGAACUUACCAGGGUUUGCAUGAUCGAUUACGAGAGCGGAAUAGUCGUUUACGACAAACUCGUCAAGCCUCCCAAGCCAGUCACCGACUACAUGACCAAAUGGUCAGGUAUCACAGAAUCUUUGCUCGCAUCGGCUACGACAACUGUGGCUGAAGUUCAAGCACAGAUUAUGCCCAUCCUCGCACCAAAAGAUGGACCGAUAUCCAUCCUCGUCGGACACUCCCUUGAAUCUGACCUCCGCGCCCUCCGGAUCUGCCACCCGAGGUGUAUCGAUACCGCGGUCAUAUACCAUCACCCACGUGGCCGGCCGUUGAAACCGGGACUUGCGUGGCUCACCAAAAAAUGGCUGAAUCGCGAAAUCCAGACGCGGGGUGAUAGCGGACACGAUCCCGAGGAAGAUGCUCGGGCAUGCAUUGACCUCCUGCGGGCGAAGCUGAGAUAUGGUCCAAGCUAUGGGGAGUAUAAGACUGAUUUUGAGAGCAUAUAUGAACGUAUGGGGAGGGCAAGCGGGAGGGGAGGACCAGGGUCUGUACGGAGCGUGGUGGUGGACCAUGGUAACCCUGGUGUGAUGCAUGGAUCAAAAGCCAGCUCGAAUGUGCCGUGUACCAGCGAUGAGGAAGUACUGAAUGGGCUGUUGCAAGCUAUUCCAGCACACGAGUUCGCAUUUGGACGGUUUACCGGUGUUGCAGAUGCACUGGGUUGGCUAACACCAAAGGCGACUGCUGCAGAGACCCCGGUUGUCACCCCAGCAGAACCAUCGCCCAUCGUUCUCGCCAACGCCCAAGCAACCCUUAACAACCAGCUGGUCACCCUCUACACAUCUCUCCCUGCACGAACUGCAUUGAUUAUCUUCACCGGCCACUCAGAUCCCCGACGGAUGGCCAGCCUAAAUGCCAGGAAAUCGGCAUUUGAGUCUGCUAUUAGGAGCGGGAAGAAGGCCGAAGACAUUGACAAGGCAGAUUGGUGGACAGCUAGUGAUGGGCGGGAACUCGAGGAGGAAGUUGAGAAGGCGAAGAGGGGACUGUUGUUCUUGGGAGUCAAGUGA